ACGACAUAUAUCGACUUCCGCUUAAAAGACAGCAAUACAUCUUAUUAUAUAAUUAUCCGCCGACAGAGUGCUGGAUCUCUCCAGGGCUAGUAGCCGUAUUGUCAUCCAGCAGACGGUAUAAAGAUGUCAGUUCCAGAAAGUUUCCGACACAGAGAGAUGGUCAGUAACGAGGACAAGAUUACCAGAGGCAGUGAGGAAUUCUCUGUAGUGACGUACAACUUACUGGCUGCCUGUCAUGUUCCACGCUGGGACUAUAGCUACACAAAAGCUGACCCCAAAACACUGCAACUGUCCUAUCGUCAUGAAAUCCUAAUGAAGGAGGUCAUAUAUCUUGAUAAUGAUAUCAUUUGUUUCCAAGAGGUUGGACCAACAUACUGGAAGGAAACACUAGAGGCAGAUAUGAAGAGGCUGGGGUACAUGGGUGUGUUUGUCAGGAAGAAGGAGGACAAUGACUACUAUGAUGAAGGGUGUGCCACGUUCUGGAAGAAUACAAAAUUUACUCUGGAAGAAAAAAAAAAGUUCUACCUAGGGGAUGUAGCAGGCAAAAUUAUGGAGAGUUUGAAUCUCAGUGAUGAUCCAGAAAUUACUAGUCUCUUGAAAACUCGCUAUAUUGACCGCGCAGACAUACUGUUGGUGACAAAACUGAAGUCAGCUGUGUCCGGAGAUGUGGUGGUGGUGGCUAAUACGCACAUUGUCUGGGGGACCGAGUCCCUCACUGACGUCAGAGCUCUCCAGUGUAGAUGCUCCAAACUAUGCCUGUCUCGGUAUAUAGCUGACCAGCCUUACUGCUGUAUAUUCUGCGGAGAUUUCAACUCGACGCCAGAGUCAUUAGCCUAUACCCUUGUCCAGGGUAAGCAGCCAGAGGGUGAUUUAGAACAGGCACUGAAACCAGCAUUGGAUGACCAGAAGCUUAAGGUGUUUCCUGCUUUCCAGAGACUCCUUGAAAGUUUCCCAACUGAUGAUCUAUCAUUACAGAGUGCCUAUAAGAGUUGUGUGGGCAAGGAGCCGUCUGUGACUCACUUUGAUAAUGGCCUUCCAUACACGUUUGACUACAUUUUCUAUGGCUGCCAGUCUCCAGGGAAGACACUGACCAGUUCGUCUGUGAUAGGCUUCCCAGAGGUAGACACAUGGACACAAACAUUCCCUCCAGAUGACCACUUUCCAUCUGAUCACUUACCAGUAACUGGUCUUUUCAGAUUGAAUGAGAAAUAGUUAACCACGUUCAGUGAAUGACGUUUCUGUACACAGAGCCCAUUAAAAGAUACAAUAAAAAAACCCAUUAAAAUCCCUUUAAUCUGCCACAUUUAAUGGUUAUCAAAUCUUAAUUGCUGUGUAAAUUAAAGUUCAAUUGCAAUUAAAAGUAAAUCAAUAGACAUUAGAAAACUUGGGAGACCAUUUUAAUUGGCCUUAAAUAUACUUGCCUGAUAACUGUUAUAGGCAUCAUGAUUUAAUUGCAAUGAAAAUGCCAUUUAAUGUAGCAAAAUUAACAUUUUCUAUGAUAUAAAAGGGGUAUUUCUCUUUUUCAAAGCCCUUAGAUUAAGGGAUCUUACAUUGUUUAUACCCCUUGCAGUGAAGUUAGGGGCGUAUAUUUAAAUCAACUUGUCUGUCCAUAGAAAGUUUUUGUCUGGACAACUCCUCCAAAACUACUGGGCAAAAUUCACCAAAAGUUUUCAGAUAUGAUCACUACCACCUGAUGUUGUGCAUUAAGGUAUUUUUUCGACCCUUUUUGAUGGAGUUAUGGCCCUUUGUUGAAAAGCCCUUGUCCGAACAUCUUUUCUUAAACUACUGGGCCUAUUUCAAUGAAAGUUUACAGAAAUGGUAAUUACCCCCGGAAUUUGUGCAUCUAGUGGUAUUUUUUUCAUUCCGACCCUUUUUACUGAGUUCUGCCAAGUUUGAUGACCACUUUAAUCGGACUAUAUUU